CGAGCUCGUUGCGCGUGAUCGGGGACACCGCACAAACGUGCGGCACCGUCGCCCGCGGUCACUCAGUCGCGAAAAUACAAAUGCGAGAUCUUAUCGACCUUUUUCCUCUCCUCCCCCUCCCUCCCCCCUCCCGUGGUCUCCUCGUAGUUUCCGCUCCCCGCGGAGUAUCCCGCGCAAUGGACACCGUCAUGCUGCUCGGGCGCGUCGGGUGCGACGCGGUCGAUUGGCGUUGACGUCGACACCCAUCUCCGUCGAUGUGGACCGACUUUGAUCUCCCGGGUUUAAACUUGCUCUGUUAUUUUUCCAGCUCUAAGAAUCUGAAACGAAUCGAGGAGUGAAGCGGAUUUUCCAAGACAAUCUAUAAUAUUGCACAACAAUGUUCUCUUGAAAAAUUUGAAUUAACUUUGAAAUUAACUCAAUACAGCCUUCAGACUAUCGAUAAUAUUCAUUAUUGUGAAUGUUGAGGCCCAGUUUUGCGAUUUAAUUGGAUUUUAAUUAACUAUAUUUUAAUUUUAUAAAAUUCUAUUGGUGCAUGUUUUAUAUAAGACAAAUUCUCCUCUAUUGAACAUGAUUAUUUAAACUCCAGUUAAACUAGGUUGUAAAAUUGGACUCGACGGAAACACUUAAAUUGAACCAGGAUCAGAGACCUUGACGCUGUAUCCACUACAGCCCCCCUUUCUCUUUCUCUCUCUGUCUCGCUCAUCGAUAAGUUGCAACCAUGAGCUAUGGUUACAACAAAUACAGUUCCACCAUGAGUUCUCGCGGUCGCGGAUUUAGUUCUCGCGGAGGGGGUUCUUACAGGGGUCGAGGUGGUGGAGGAAACGAGUGGAACGGGUCGGCAGGAGGGAAUGUAUCCAGAGGUGGCUACUCGUCUUCCAGAGGUGGCAGAUUUAAAUAUUCAACGACGAGCUACGACUCCAGAUCAAAAUACAAUUCAGGGUCGGAAAGAUAUUCAAGUAGAGGCGGUCGUGGUGAACACUCAAACAGUUAUAAAAGACCUCGUGAUUCGUAUUCCGCUAGAGAUGAUCAUCGAUCUUCCAGUGAAUCGCGUAAAAGGAUGAGAAGCGAUUCUUAUCAGGGUGGAGGUAGCGGUAGCGGCUCACAGAGGUAUUCGUCGUACGGUUCGUCUGCGUCAGCGCCCUAUGACGAUAAUAAGGGAUCGUCAUCGUCCGCCGUAUACGAGGACAAGAGACAGAGCGAGCGCGCAUCGUCGUACCACCGUUCCGAGGACCGUCACUCCGCCUCGCGGAGCUACGCGCCCCCGCCGCCACCUCGGAUUAGCGAAAUGGCACCACCACAGACUCAGAGGUAUACCUCGAGUCGCGGAAGAAUAUCGCAUCAGAACUCGAAUUACCGAGGCCGCAUUUCGACCCGCGGCGCCGGCGGUCGAGGUGGCGCGUUCCACCGUGUGAGCUCUCGAUCGGACGUCCUCCUGGCUCGCAAGCGUACUCUGCAUCUGCACUCGCUCGACUAUCGUCGAAAGCUGCUAGGUUCGCGCUCGCGCGACUACAUCCAGCGUGUGCGCAUGACCACUACCAAACUACGCAGGAGUAGCGGUACUACUAGGCUAGCCGGAAGUAAAAAGGACUCGGGAUCCGGAACCAGCGUGAAGGACAAGGAUAGAGAGAUGGCCAAAGCCAUUAAUGCGGAAUUUUCUGAUGACGAUGACGACGAUGACGAUAAUAAGAGUAAUUGGGACGACGAGGAAAAGCCGCACGAACGCGAUGAAGAAGAGGACGUGGAAGAGGAUGAGAAAAAGAAGAAAAAAGAGGACAAACGUAAGAAGGAAAAACAAGAUAGAGAAAGGCAACACUCUGAAGAUGAGGAAGAAAAAGAUGAUGAUAUUAAAGAGCAGGAUGAUGAUCAGAAGCGAGAAGAAGAUGAGGACAAUGAUGGUGAUGAUGAGGAGCAUGAUGAUAAUGAAAAAACGGAACGCGAUAGAAAGGCAGAUUCCGAAGAAUUGCCGAGCAGACGAGACGGUAGAAAAUUCAUAAAGUUGAAAUGUCCGCAUUGCGCCCAUCACAGCGUUACCUUCAAAGAAUAUUCGCUCCAUUUGUUCUCUGGCCGUCAUAGCGCGGCGAUGAAACGUAUCGCGGCUCGACACAAGGUGACUCUCACACGUAUGCGAGUCGUUCAACGACAGGAGCAGAGACGCAUUGAGGCUCGUGAUGCAGCACGCGGCACUCUACCCUCGCGCACCAUGUUCUGUGCCAUUUGCAAGUUGAAUUACCGUUCCUUAAAAGCUGCUCAUCAACUUUCCGAAUCUCAUCGCCAAAUGAAACGAUUUCUCACACCAUUCUGUCGCGUUUGUCGUGUCCAGUUCCGUUCGCCAAUGUUCUUUGAGACUCAUAUGUGCUCCCUGGAGCACAUUAAGAGAAAGAGUAUACUGAGAGAUAGAAUGAAUGCAAAUGGAAGCGGUGAAGCAGAGGCGGAUUCGAGCGCGCCCGAGGAAGAUGACAAGGAAGUUAACCUUGAUAAUUUUAUGACUUUGGAUUCUGUAGGUGAUGUAGAUGCAAUGUUUACAGAGGAUGAAGACUCCAAUGACAAGAAGAAAGAAAAGGCCGAAGGUGAAAGUUCGAGCGAAGCAGAAAAGAAAUCAAAAGGCAAACAAAUGAUAAAAGUCGGUGCGGAGUACAUAAAACGUGUUGAAGUACAGUACUGCGAAUUGUGCAAGGUAUAUCUACCACGCAGCGAAAAUACAGAACGAGCGGUCGCUUUACAUUGUUCUACGCGCAGUCACCUUAAACGGUACGUGCGAGAUAAUGAUGACAAAGCGCUAAGACGUCAAGCGGAAAGAAUACAUCUACAGACAUCUACGAAUGUGAAUUCUAGCAAUUCCACCGCGACUAACAAUACAUCGGACAACGCGAAGACUUCUCCAGUCAAUUCCGAGCCACAAAUAUCUGUUACACCAGUGUCCACCGCUGCUGAUAACAAUGGCGGCACAGAGUAUAUUAAAAUUGAAGAAGAAAAGUCUAGUAGUUUAGAAUCUGAGAAAAACGUGAAAGACAGUAAGAAUAAUCAGGGGGAUGAAGACGACGACGAUUAUCGUGCGCAUGGUAGCGAUAAAAUAAUUUGGGAUGACGUUGACAAAGAUUUAGGUGACAUUUUAAGAGAAAGCGAGGCAGGGGCCUCAAAGUCGAGCGACGAUGAGGAUUCGCGUUACGAUCGUUUUCGCAAUUCGGAAAAAAAACUGGCCGGAAAAGAUAAAGAAAACGAGAAGAACGAAAUUCUCGAAGAUAAGAGCGGUAAUAACAAAAUUAAAGAUGUAAAAAAUUAAGCUAAAGAUAGAUACGUUGCAUUAUCGAAACUUGUCUUUUGCUGUAUAUCUUCAAUUUAUUUGAUUCAUUUCUUAUCAUUUUGGUUUCAUUUUCUCUUAAAUACAUCUCGUUCUUAGUAACUUUAUAAAAUCAUGCGAAUAUACAUUAUAUCAAAUUAUCUUUUGUCUAAUUAAAAAAAAAAUUUCUGUGCGUAGUGUACGUGCGAAAUAUUUAUUCUUUAUUACAUAUUUCAUCGUUCGUCUUUCUUCAUUGUUUGAAACCGUGUCAAUUAUAAUAUAUCUAAGGCUGAAUUCGGGGAGCGCGCUAUUUAGUUAUUGUAUUACUUUAUCUUUACCAUUUAUUCUGAGUUAUCAGUUCCUAUUUGCUCUCCAACGGCCGAUCGUGUACCAUGCUUUAGUUCGAACAAAAAUCUGACGAGCUUUUUUUCUCGGAAAAUUAGGAGCUACUUGGUUUUGCCUUUUUUCUUUGUAAGUUAUGUUAAAUAUAAUAACUAUUAAGUAUAAUUUUCUUUAAAUUAGCUUUACAAAUUUGAAAACUCUUACAUGUUUAAAAUAAGUGCUUAAAGUACACAAAAAAGAUAUCAACAUAUUUUUUAAUUUUUUUUAAACUUAAUUUGAAUAUCCCAGGAUUUAUUUUUGUGUACUUCAAUAAUACUUUAACAUGUAAAAAUUUUUAAUUCUGUAAAGCCAAUUCGAAGAAAAUUUGAAUAUGUAAUUCGGUAAUUCCACUCCAGUAUUUCCUUAACUGUAGAAAAAUAGAAAGUCAGAAAUUGGAAUUAAACCCGAAACUUUACUAGUCUACCAUGCAGCAUAAAAUCUUAUGUCGCUCUUGUUCAUUAGUUUACAAAUGUUAAACAAUGAUACAAUGACAUUAGCAUGCUCCUCGAAUAGCUCAAAUUUCGAAAUUUUCAAUUUAUGUAAUUUUAAAUGUGUAAGUAACUAUAUCAUUGAUAUAUAUGACCACAUGUUGUCGAAGGGCUAUCAGUGACAUUGUCAAAUAUAAUUAUAUAUACGCAAUACGUGAAAUAAUUAAAUAUGCAAUUUUCAGUUAUUAGCGUGAAGGAAAAUGUGUGCGCCUGAUCAAUGUGUGCAUUUCAUGUAAGCACAGGUUAUUGAUCUUAAUAAAUUCUGCACUCUCUAGGAUCAAUUA